UGAACUCUGAUAGGCGGAAAAAUAAACUUCAGAAAUGCAAGAUGGCGCUGCCCAGAGCAGGAAGGUCUGCCAUCGUCCUCUCCUCAGUCCCCUUCCAACUGCUGCUGUAUUUGUCUGCCAUCUACUUUGUCUUCUACUUCCUGUGCACCCUCUGCAUGAUCAUCUACAAGAGUCAGGUCCUCAGCUACCCUGAGGAUCGGCUCGCCUGCGACCUGGGGCUGCUGCUGCUGAUGGCUGCCCUGGAGGCCCUCCGUCUUUUCCUGGGGGCCUCGGGGAACCUGAAGGAGAGGGAGGGCCCCGUGGUGGGGAGCCUGGUCCUCAGCGGGACCACCAUGCUGCUCUCCGUCUACUUCCUGGCCUGGCAGUCCUACGUGCUGCGGGCCGACCUCGUCCUCAAUGCCAUCCUGCUGGGGGUCUACGGCCUCGGCGGGGUCCUGGCCUUCGUUACGGUCGCCCGGUUCACAAGUAUCAACUCAUAAGAAGAUCUCUGGGCAACAAGUGACAGAGCUGGAGCUCUAAACCCCACCAGACCAGAACUACGUUCCUUCUGUUGUUUAGUAUCACAUCGCUUUCUUUGGGAGGGGGUUUGGUAAUGGAUUCUGUUUUAACUUAUAUCAGGUGAUCUUGAAUGGGUAUUUUUUUUGUACAUGUGCAUUUUGGUGCAUUUUUGUAUAGUUUUCAUAAUUAUAGAGCAAUAUAAUAUUGCUUUAUCAGGGAAUUUUAUUCUGCAUUUUUAUUAUCUCUGUAAAUAAUUUUACCUUUAUAAUAGUUUAUAUAUUUUUCUAUUAUUGUUUGUUGUCUAACCUAUAUCGUAUUUUGUGGUAAUUUACUGAAAAUGUAUAAACGACCUGCCUCUUUAUUUGUUUUACCUCUAGAGGGCGGAAGUUAUCUCUUCUAAAUGUCCUUUUAAUUGUAUAACUGAAAUAUAACGACUGAUUAUCUUUUGUGUUUCCCUAAUCAUUACAAAUGAAACUGCAUUAUCCAUGUUCCAACGUGGUCCUUAUCUUUCUUAUCUUAUCGUAUCUUCUUAUCUGAUUACGGUGCAUAUGUAUAUGUAUAUAGAGUAUCUUUAUUUAUUUAUUUGUAUUUUUUAUUUUUUUCAGUACUUAUUAUUCAAUACUUGCAUUAUUGUUUAUUGUUUGUGUGUUAAGAUUGUGCACAAUACGAAUACCAAGACAAAUUCUUAAUAUGUUUAAAUGUAUUUGGCAAUAAACCUUU